AUGGAUCACAAUAUGAGCAUGCAUCACGGUGCACAUGGGCAACAUGGCCAUUCUGACGGAGAUGACAUGCAAAUGUCGAUGUCGAUGGUCUUUACCGCAAGCACCAAGAUCACACUGCUCUUCAGCUGGUGGUCAACAACUUCAGUGACCUCAUAUAUACUGACGUUACUUUUUCUCUUCCUACUUGUCUUGAGUAACCGAUUUCUCGGCAUUUUGAAGCUUCGCCUCGACCUCCGACGAACCAAGUCCACCUCCGAUGCCCCUGAUGUGCCCAAAUUGAGCCUGCCAUCUCAGUGGUCCCGAAGCCGACACUCCAAGGAUCGCGUCAGCCCCCUUCCAUCAGACAUCGAGCACAAUAAUCACAAUGAGAUCGAUCACUAUGGCUCGUUACCUUCGGCUCCGCUUCUCGCGCCGAUCUCGAGACUCCCGGGCUCUCGAGACGAAGGCCACAUCACUACUUCACAUGUCGAAACAUUUAGGCCGCGCAGGAAGUGGGAUUGGAAACAAGAUGGUGUGAGAUCAUUGCUGGAGGGACUCCGGGCCCUUAUUGGGUACGCAUUGAUGUUGGCCGUCAUGACAUACAAUGUGGGUGUUCUGGCAGCUGUUAUUGCGGGAAUCGUGGUGGCUGAGCUAUUCAUGGGCCGCUAUUCUCCAGUACCAGCUAGCUGGCAGGAUGGUGCAUGUCAUGAUAGCUAG